AAAUGCCACUUUAUUUCCUUCCCUUGUCAUAUUAUUUCACCGCUCUCCCAAACAGACCCUUAUGCUUGGUUCGUGCCAGUAUCAAGAUCUCUGUGUCAGUGCGCAGUUGACCCCUAGAUCUCUCCCUCCGUUUUGGACAGCUCCUUUAAAUCUUUCGGUAAUUUUGAGGUGAUAGGUAGUUUGUUGGCUGGGAGUAGUCGAUUUUGGCGGUAAUGGCGGGAGGAGUUAACAGGAAGAUAUCAGCAGCAUCGGCGAGAGCUCACACUAGAAGAGCUAAGCAGAACAGUUCGUUCAAGCUUCCGUCAGGGAUAUUUACAAAGAUACUAUUGGUAUUCUUUGUUGGGAGUUUGGCAUGGGCUUAUCAGGCAAUCCAGUCUCCACCACCCAAGAUUUGUGGGUCUCCAGAUGGCCCCCCUGUGACAGCACCAAGAAUAAAGCUUAGAGAUGGAAGAUACUUGGCUUACAAAGAGCAUGGUGUUCCGAAAGAUAAAGCAAACUAUAAAAUUGUUUAUGUCCAUGGAAUUGAUGGUUGUAGACAUGAUUCUCUUCUUGUCAACAACCUCUCCCCGGUAACUUAAAAAAAUUGUUUUCAA